AUGGGUGAAACAAAAGAAAUUGAACGAUCUGUUCAGAUGAGACUUUAUUCAUUACAUAAACGUCAAUUUGUCGCUGUAUUUGUAGCUUUUUUUAUUUUACUAUUAAUCACUAUUUUAAUUGGCAUUGCUGGUCCUACAGUGAUACGUUCUAAAAGUUUCACAAAAGGAUUGGUUGGACCAUACGAAAUUCCGUCUGGCUUUCUUGAAAAAUUCCAUCAAAGAUUAUGGCUCACAGUUCAAGUGAAUGUCAACACGAAAGAUGAAUAUAAACAAUCACUGAAUGUCCAAGUCGAUAUUACCGACGGUAAAGGUUCGAAAUCACUAUCAAAUUCUUACAAUCGAACGAGAACAAUUCAUUGUCAACAACAAGUUAGUAAUUUUAAAAACGAAACUACGUACUGCGCUUGA